CUGGGAUCAGUCUUUGGGACGCGCGUUUGCCGUAAAGAUCGCGGCGAAGAACUACUGAAAAUCCGUUUUUGUUCAACUAUUUUGUGUGCCUCUGUCUGUGAUAGGGCGCCAACCCGGACCAUCGAAACUGAAAUCGGAGCUCCUCAAUCGCCGCAGACGUCAGUCGCAGAGUGGACCUAGUGGCGAUCGGUUCUAACGGAAAUCUACCGCUCAUCAUCAUGCUACCCGUCAUCCGUCGUAAUCUUAUCGCCCUGCUGGCUUUGGGCCUGUGCGUCUGUCUUUGUUUCGGACCCGGUCCGGUGGAAUCACGCACCCGGCCGAAGAACCUGGUCGACCGAAAGCUGGUAACGCUCUACGGCAGCACGCCGCACGUGGAGGCCCUUCUGGGUCCCGGACGUCCCACCCCGGAUACCUACAAGACGCUGAGGAGUGCCUUCUUCCGGUACGAGGAGUCCCGCACCUUGGGCUACGAUCUGGAGCUCAGCGAACGGGAAAUCAAGGCCAACGGAACGAUUAUGACGGCCAAGUUGAAGGAGUUCGACGAGGGUUUGGUUACCCCGCAUCUCUUCAAGCCCGCUCAGCAUAUAUUCGAUGUAUUGGACGGCAUCCGGGACACCGAUCUGUUCAAGCUGCUGAAGAAAAUGCCCAAGGGUGCGGUGCUCCAUGCCCACGAUACUGCUCUCUGCAGCACCGCGGCCAUUAUCAAUCUGACCUACUACGAUAAUCUCUGGUCCUGCCAGCAGGAUGGUGAUCUCAGUGCCUCGGCUCUGAGGUUUUCCCGAGACAAACCCGAGGCCCUGCAGGACUGCAACUGGAGUCUGUUGUCCGAUGUUCGAACCAAAUACGGCGCAACCAAGGUCGACGAAUAUCUGGCCGAAAGACUCACCCUGUAUCCCACCAAGAAGUUCGAGGACAACAACGCCGCCUGGACAACGUUCAUGACCAUUUUCAGUCUACUCGACGGUCUGGUGAUGUACGCCCCCGUCUGGGCGGACUACUACUACAAGGCACUGGAGGAGUUCUACGAGGAUGGAGUGCUGUACCUGGAGUUCCGCUCCCUUGUGCCCACGCUUUACGACUUAGAUGGUACUGAGUACACCCCUAUGGAUACAGUGCGCAUCUAUGUGGAGACCCUGGAGAAAUUCAAGGACGCUCAUCCCGAUUUCAUUGGUUCUCGCAUGAUCUACGCGCCCAUACGUAAUACCAAUUCAGAGGGAGUAUCCGCCUAUAUCGAAACACUGAAAGAGAUCAAGGACAAAUACCCCGACUUUGUGGCUGGUUUCGAUCUGGUGGGCCAGGAGGAGCUGGGACUUCCUUUGAGGGACUUCAUCGAUGAGCUUUUGACGAUACCAGAGGACAUUGACUUCUAUUUCCACGCUGGGGAGACCAACUGGUUCGGUGCCACGGUGGACGAGAAUCUGAUCGAUGCCAUUUUGCUGGGCACCAAGCGCAUUGGCCAUGGAUUCGGACUGGUCAAGCACCCGGUGGUGCUGGACAUGCUGAAGAAGCUGAAUGUGGCCAUCGAGGUGAACCCCAUAUCGAAUCAGGUGCUGCAGCUGGUCACGGACUUCCGCAACCAUCCGUGCUCGCACUUUUUCGCCGACGGCUAUCCGGUGGUCAUUUCCUCGGACGAUCCCUCCUUCUGGAAGGCCACGCCCCUGACGCACGACUUCUAUAUCGCCUUCCUGGGCAUCGCCUCGCAGCACUCGGACCUGCGUCUGCUCAAGAAGUUGGCCCUGAACUCCAUCCAGUACAGUUCGCUGACGGGAGAUGCCCAGUUCGAGGCGCUGGAGAAGUGGCAAGUAAAGUGGGACCAGUUCAUCGCCGAUGUCAACGAGGAGGCCUCCAACCGGGGAUCCCCCGGUCAGCGGAUCGAUUGACUAGCACGGGUGGUGGCAGCGCUGCUGGUCGCGUUCUCCCUGAUGACCUCUAACCCUUGGCGCUAGUCGGAAACACACCCCUCUGCCUGCUGCACCCUCCACUUCACUCCGCAGCGGGCACUGAACAUUGCAUCCUCAUCCGCAUCCAGUUCAGAGCCAUGUCCAUGUCCUCAUCCUCAAUAUCUAACCUUUGUAGUAAGCUAAUUGUUAUGGACUAGUCCUUAGUUAGAUCUAGGCUAAUGCUUUUCUGUAAACCCAUGAGAUUCUGUGCCACGCCCCUGAAACGGUUAAAGGCCGACAGCCCCUCCUGUGCCAAAGAAAACGAAAGCAAUAAAGAACCCGUUUUAGUCGUAGCCGAAA